GUUUCGACCUCUGCAGUCGGUAAGUGUGUAAUGGCAGUUUGAAUGAGAAUCCUAUCCUUACAAAUCCGUUUUCAUCCUCUCUCUUAACUUCACAUUGCAGCGCACAAAGAGAGACCCGGGCUUCAACCAGAUUUGACCAAACCGGUUAAAACUACCUAAAUUAGAAAACAUGUACGCCUGUGCAAAGUUCGUCUCCACGCCGGCUCUGGUCCGUGCUGGUGCCCGGGCUCUUAACAGACCCCUCUCUGCCUCAGUGCUGUCCAGGCCUGAGCUCAAAACAGAGAGCAGCGGUGCUGUGAUGCCACAGAGCCCCCUCACCCAGGUCACACUGAGGGGCUUCCAGACCAGCGCCAUCAGCAGGGACAUUGACACUGCUGCCAAGUUCAUCGGAGCUGGAGCUGCCACAGUCGGAGUAGCUGGAUCUGGAGCUGGAAUUGGGACUGUGUUCGGCAGUCUCAUUAUCGGCUAUGCUAGGAACCCAUCUCUGAAGCAGCAGCUGUUCUCAUAUGCCAUCCUGGGAUUUGCCCUGUCUGAAGCCAUGGGACUGUUCUGUUUGAUGGUUGCUUUCCUUAUCCUGUUUGCUAUGUAAAACUCUGCUGUCAUUCAACACUUUCAUUACAAAUGUGACUACAUAUUUUAUUGUGGCUACCAUACUUGUUCCGUGUUGGUGUCAUGGAAAUGUACAUUUUCAAGACUUUCAGACACUGUCAGAAUACGCAAAACAUGUAUUGUACAAAUGUAAGAAAUUACGUGAUUAAAAUACAUGUAUUUGACUAUUUAACAAUGGCGCUAACUUUUAUGUCUGAAAUAUCCUGCUAGCACACUAGAAUGCGGUGCCUUUAAUUGAAUGUCAUCUUUUCUUUGAAGCAGCUGUGUUUACUUGCCAUGAGUCGGCUUGUUUUCUUAGCACAUUGCAUGAAAGCUUUUUGGGGUCCACCUGAAUUCAUUCUUGGUUUAGAAACUGUUAAUUAGUACUGCAAUUAGGCUGUAAGUAAGAUUAUCGAGGACUGUUAAAUUCACUUCAUGAAGCAGAAACUCCCAUAAUUUUCCUGGUACCAGCGUCGCCAAAGGAAGACUACUGAUUUUAAUAUAUUUUUUUUAUUUCAUUGUAAAUUGAGUGUCUAGGUUUUGGUUUGUUUGACAAAGUAUUUGAAAUUGGACUUCAUGUGCUCUUCAACAAAUGAAUUCAUCAAAACCUAAACAUGCAAAUUACAUAAUGGUGAAUGCCAAAUAAAAUAAACCUGUGCAGUUGACAGUU